CUCUUUUCAUGUUUUUGUCUCUUUCCUCAUGUUUUUAUCAAUUUUUUUGCCUCUUAUGUUCUUUUCUCACAUUUCAUGUAUCUGGGGCAGUUCUGACUUCUUGAGAUAAACAGCUCUUGGGAGGAAGUGUGAACUGAGCAUUUCCUUUGGAAAGCACCGCCAGCCUUUGUUGUUUCUGCGCUUUCAAUGCCUCCCUUUGGGGACAUCGUGGGUGACUUUAAUUCCUCCCUGUCUGCAGGGCUGAGGUGCCACAAUUUGAUUUAUUUACCCAGAUUUCUCUUCUAUUUGAUGGGAGCUGCACUGUUGGGGUGUAGUUCACUGUUCAAGUGACCUGGAUGAGAGUUCUGCUCAUGCAGUGCCUCUUUCCCCCAUCUCACAUACAAAAUUCAGUCCUUUAGGCUGCUUUUGGAGCAGGGACACUGCUUCCCAUCUAAACCCCCCCAAGCUCUGACCUACAGACCUGAGCAUCACUGUGGGGUGAAACUUCAGCUCCCACCCACAAGGGAUGAAAUAAAACACCAGGAGUGAGGGAUGAGUUAAGACUUCACCGCAUGUGAAGGGAAUAAUUCCUGGAGGGAACCAUUCCUGCUCUCCAGCAGGAACCAUGGCAGGGAUUUCCUGGGCUGAGGGAGUCUCCAAUGGGACACGUUUCCCAAUUUCCAAUGGGACAAAAGCCAGCUCUGGAGGCGCUUUGGGGGCAGAUUUGCAGCACUCCCUGUUUGCUGUCAGCUACAGUGUGGUGCUGAUGCUGGGGCUGGCGGGCAAUGCCCUGUCCCUGUCCCUGCUGUCCUGCAGAGUGAAACCCCUGUCCCACUCCUACAUCCUCCUGCUGCACCUGGCCCUGCUGGACACUCUGUUCCUCGCUGUGCUGCCUCUCCAGAUCCACGCCCAGCUGCUCGGGGACAUCUGGACCUUUGGGGACACGGCCUGCAGGGUCACCCAGGCUCUAUUCUGCCUCCACAUGCCCCUCAGCGUUGCCUUUUUCGGCUGCCUUGGCCUGGAUCUGUGGCUGGCAGUGCUGCACCCCUUCACCUCCAUCCAGUUCAGGGCCACCCACUACAUGCUGGUGGCCACGGCCCUGUGGGUGGUGGCCCUGGCUGCCACUGUCCCACUCGUGCUGCACAGCAGAGGGGUGAGGAGCUGCUUUGGGAACUUCCCUGGGAGCUGGACUCACCCCACAGCCCCUCACACCAUCCCGGCUUUCAUUUUUGGCGUGGCUGUCCCAUUUUCCAUCAUCCUGCUGGGCCUGCCGCUGGUGGCCAGGAGCAUGUGGCAGAGCCGGCGCAGAGCUGCCAGGAGGAAGGCCCUGGGCACCAUCUCCAUCAUGCUGGGUAUUUGUGCCCUCUGCUUCCUGCCCCAGCACCUCACCCAGCUGCUGCAGUUCCUGCGGGGGAUCCAGGAGGAACCGCUCCCCAGCCUGAUCCCCGAGAUCCAGAGGGUGACUGAGGCCCUGGCGAGCUGCAGCUGCUGCCUGAACCCCCUCCUGUACCACUUCCACUCCUCCAGCAGAGCCUGGCACUGCCCCUUCAGGCUCAGCCUCAGGUCCAAGAGGGUGUUCACCAUCUGUGAUCACAAUUUUGGGGACCCUUCCUGGGGCUGCAAGUCUGGGCAGAGGCAUGGAAGGAAAAUCCACGGCAGAUGGAACCAACUGAUCCACUCCAGGUACACACAGAGCUGAUAUUUCUGAUUAUUUCCUUCAAAACAAGCCUGGAAAACCCAUUUUUUCCCAUGUAGUGGCUGUUAAAGCAGAUGGAGAUUUUGAUCAGAAAACAGACAAUCCUUGGGGGAGCCAAAGCCUUGGAUAGGCCUCCAGAGCACUCCUGGGUUUGUGUUCAGGGAUGUUUUGAGCUCAAUCUGUUGAAUUUUGGGUUUGGUAGAACCUGGGGCUGUUUCCUGGGAAGCAGCACAUCCCAGGAAGUGGGGGAUUUGAAGGAAACCCAGGAAACUGCUGGAUCCAGGCAGCCCUGCUGGGCUUUCCCCUGUUUUCCUGCUCUCUCGCAGGCUGCUGCCCACAUUCCACAGCCAAAUAGGGGCUUCUCAUCAUGCCUUGGCUUCCCAGGGAAUAUUCCAGGAUUUCCAGGCUGUGGAUUCAAGCUGGACACUGAUGAAUGGAGGUUUAGAAGGGAGCAGAUAUUUGAUAAAUCCCAGGAUUUAGCAGUCAGUGGUAAACAAGCUCCUCUCCCCACACACUCAGCCCAGCUCUUUGCACUGUGUGUUCUUAAGUGUCCAAAUUUCUUUUUUCCACUGACAUUUGGUGAUACAAACACAAUUCUCUGACCUUUCCUCCCCCCUUUUCUUGUAUUAACAGCCCCCACGUGGUUUCUGAGAACUGCUGAGUUUCCAUCCCCUAUGAAAUGUGAGAGUCUGGAGAGAUUUUUUUCAUUUGUGGGCAUUUCUGAGGCACCAGAAAACCACAGGCCUGGCUUAAAACCUGCUUAGAACCGAGUUUAUUCCAGAGGAUGUGGGGUUUGGGUAUAACAGAGGCACAGGCUCAGUUCUGCUCCUUCAAACAUCACUCUGAGAGCAGCAGAUCAACAAAAAUCAGGAUCUGAAUUUCCAAGUUCAGCCUAAAAUUCACCCUGUGCCCAGGUGCUUGUCCUUGAUUGGACACCUCUUACUAAUUACUGUUAAAAGCCCAGGUUGGCCUCUGGCCUCUCCCAUCCUCUAUUUUGCUCUUAGCUCAAAGCAAUUUUAAAAUCUUGGUGAGAAAAUCAGCUCCAACUUUUCUAAACUCUGGAAAAUGACAAUCCCUGUGUUCCCUGGGAGGGUUUGGGGGAAAUCCUGGCACUGUGAGAGCCCCAGAGGGAGCAUCAGCCCAAAAUAAUCCUUUACCUUUAGCAGAAAUUGUUAUUUUUAUCCCAUUUCUAGGCUGUGGGAAAUCCUCCCAGCACUGGAUAGGGAUUGGUUUUAUCAGCCAAGCACAAUUAUGGAUAAAGGUAAAAAAAUGGAUUGGAGGCUCCUUGCAGCUGGCCCAGAGGGAAAAAUGGGGAAUUAAAGAACUUUUGCUGCUUGGUAAUCAGCACAUUUAGGGAUUUUUACUUUCUAUAGGCUCUAUGAUGCUUUUAUGUUUUGAAUUUUAAUUGUUUCAGGCAGUACUGAGGGGUUUUUAAGGGAAAUCAGCUGUGGGAGGGGA